AUGGCCAGCUCUAGCGGCAAAUUCAAUCCUGCGCGGCCAAAGCGCGACGGCGACCACUUCACGCGCACACAUCACCUAGAUGCUGGCGAACCGUCAGCGAAGAAGCCUCGAUUUGAUCCACGAAACCCCUCCACGCUUGUGCAAGAUGCGGAAGAUGACGAGGACCCGGCGCUCGAAGCAGACGUGAUUGGCAAGGGUGCAGGCAUCAAGCGCAAUGCGGUCAACAUCGACGGCUACGAUUCAGACAGCUCUACCGAAAACUUCGAUGCCCGCGCAGAAGCAAAGAGCAAGAAAGUAGCACCGCCAGAAGAGGAUGACGACGACAUGUUUGCAGAAGACGACAAGAAUAACGAGGAAGAUGAGGACACGCGGAGGGAUCAGACAAAGAAGAAGCAGCUAAGGUUCUUGGACAACGAUGAGAUCGAAGGCCAGGAAGCUGACAGUAAGGCUGGUGGUCAUGUUGCUGUAGACUUCACAGGCAAAAAUAAAGAUACGGCAGAUGUGGAGAGUAGUAGCGAGAGCGGUGACGACGAGGAGCGCGACCGUCUGGACUCAGACAUAGACGAGGAGAUAGGCGCAGGCGGCAAGAAGAAGCAUGCUCCCAAGCUUGAUGCCUUCAACAUGCGCGCCGAGCAAGAGGACGGUCGUUUUGACGAGGCUGGCAAUUUUGUGCGCAAAGCCUACGAUCCAGAAGCUGCCCAAGAUUCGUGGCUGGAGGGUAUAUCAAAGAAGGAUAUGAGGCGGGCCAAGGAAGCGCAGGACAUGCGGGACGCCGAGCAGAAAGCACGCGAACGAGCUGAGGACUCGAUCAUCACCAGCGAUGUCCUGUCGAACCUCAUUGCGCGACUAGACGUUGGCGAAACACCCAUGGAGGCACUGGUACGCUACGGCAAGGCAGCGCCCAAGAAACAGAAGCCUAGUUACAGCAAGAAAAAGAAGGGCCAGGCCAUGGAGGUUGACGAAGAUCCGGCUCAGGAAGCCGCAGCUGCUAAGGCUAAGGAAGCGAUAGACACCAUCACCGAAUGUGCAAGCCGUCUCGAAGACCGUGGCAUGGAGGAUAUCUACGAGCUUGAGCGCGAGAUGAUCAUGCGGCUGUACAAGCGCGACACCGGUGAGGACUGGAAGAACCCACACCCAGAAGAAGUGCAGUGGGAGUUCCACUGGCUCAAUGCCCUUGAAGGAGACAUCAAUGGGCCGUACGACCGGGCCACUAUGCAGGCUUGGGAAGCAGCCGGGCAGUUCGCAGCUGGUGCUGAGUUCCGCAAAGUUGGCGAAACUGAGUGGUCACGACUCCUAGAUUUUGAUGAUUGA